AAAUCACAAUGUGGAUUAGCAAAUUUGUAAUUUGAAAGACCAAAACAGAACUGGGUUUUGGGUGGGUCUGUCACUAAAAGAAAGAAAUUCUAGGGAAAAAUUAAAAUGGGUUCUGCUAUUCCUGAGUUUCCAUUACAAGGCUCACCUGAAAAAACCAUUCCACUUGUAGGCUUUGGUACAGCAGAAUCCCCAUAUGGUGCAUCCUCUUAUGAAUCUCUGAAACAAGUCAUUCAUAAUGCAAUCAAAGCUGGAUACCGCCAUUUCGAUACCGCUUCUCUUUACAAGAGCGAGCACCAUCUCGGCCACGCCAUUCAAGACGCUCUGAAGCUCGGCUUGAUCCAAUCCCGGGACGAACUCUUUAUCACUUCCAAGCUCUGGUGUACUGAUGCCCACCACCAUCUUGUCCUCCCAGCUCUACAGAAGACACUCAAGGAGUUGAAGUUGGAAUACCUUGAUCUCUAUUUGGUCCAUUUUCCGAUGGGGGUGAAGCCUGGUGAACCUAAAUUUCCUCCGGACAAGGAAGACUUUCUUCCUAUUGAUAUAGAAUCGGUAUGGGAGGCUAUGGAAGAGUGUCAGAACCUUGGCCUUGUCAAAUCAAUUGGAGUUAGCAACUUCUCAAGCAAGAAGAUUGAUUUGUUACUUUCCAAAGCAAAGAUUCCUCCGGCUGUAAAUCAAGUGGAGAUGAACCCUGUUUGGCAACAAAGUAAGCUGAUAAAAUAUUGCAAGGAAAAGGGUAUACUUCUCACAGCCUUCUCUCCAUUGGGAGCAAUAGGAACUACAUGGGGAACAAACUGGGUCAUGGAAUCUGAGGUGCUGAAAGAGAUUGCUGAGAAGAAAGGAAAAACUGUAGCUCAGGUAUGCCUGAGAUGGAUAUAUGAGCAAGGAGUGGGUAUGGUAGUGAAGAGCUUUAACGAGGAAAGGAUGAAAGAAAACCUUGACAUAUUUGAUUGGGAGCUAACCCCAGAAGAGUCUCAGAAGAUUAGUCAGAUUCCACAACGCAAAGGACUUCCUUGUUUAGAAUUUAUCUCCGAUCAAGGCCCUUACAGGUCUCUGGAGGAGCUUUGGGACGACAACGUUUAAUGCUUAUCAUACUCUAUAUAUAUAUAUAUAUAUAUAUAUGUAUGUUUGUAUGUGUGUGUAUUACUAUAUUAGAGCUG